AUGAAGGUGUUGGGAGCAUCUCCACUUAAACAUUCUGUAAUCAGUUUAGACCUCCUCAAUCUGCAUGUUGUUAACCAGAUAUCUACCAAGAAAAAUCAUCUUGGCAAAGUUCGAAAACCAGUUCACGUGGAUAUUAACCAAGUUCCUGGGAGGUGGCGGAAUAUAGAACUCCCCAAAACACCAGAGCAUAAACCACAAAAACCAUUCCUCGAUGAUGUCCAGAAUAGGCUACAAAAAGAAGUACUAGAAAACAGACGAAAAUAUCUUGCAGAAAAAGAAAACUUACGGUUUGAGUCAGCAAAAAUUGUACUUGAAGAGUCAUGGCUUUCUAAGGCAGCAUGCGAGCAAAGGAAUUUCACUGAACCAGAAGCUGGCAAACCAUCGGCUCUGUAUUUCCAGCAGCUGAGUAGUCCAGAAUGUAGUCACUCAUUUGGAAAGUCUCCCAAGGUGACAACAGACAAAGAUUUCAAAAACUGUAACCGACAAGAGCCAUUGUUUGGUAUUAUGCAUGAGAGAGAGACAUUGAAUGCCACCCAAGAUACCCAGCCCAUUGCUUUGUUAUUAAAAGAGGAGAAUCAAAAGGUUCCAGAUAUCCCUUCCUCAGAAUCUUAUCAUUCUUUUUCUAACAAAAAUGUUAUAAACCAGCUGUUUGCAGAUUCAGUUGAUGUAAAUCAAACAUCCAGCAUAUUUGGUCCUUACAAUGUGAAAGAAAUGCCUCAGAUCUCAAGCUGUGCUAAAAGAUGCCCUGCUGAGAGGGACCUUGAAAGUAUUUUUACAACACAUGAGCAGAUUUACUCACAGAACACAAAAAGCUUUAGUACAUUUGAUCAAGAGCCCAUUAAGAAUCACCUGAAAGAUUACUGUAUCCAAAACAAAAACCCUCUAAUUUUGUCUGAACAGGAAGAGGAUACUACCGACUCUGAGAAUGCAGGGAGAUUUAUCAGCCAAAAUAAAAAGAUAAAGACAUCAGCAACCAUGUGGAACUACUUAAAGAAAAACCUGAAGGGUGUCCUGGCAGAACCAAAUCUGAAUCACUGGCAUAUCUUUGAACUUGAAGAGACAGACAAGGAAGUCUACAAUAAUCACAGUCAGAGUUCACUGCCUACAAGAGAAAAUGAUGAUGAAUCUCAGCUGAGCAGCCAGUCUCCCAGUUAUUCUCCAGAGCAAACAGAGAGUUGUGCUAGUGUGACAUCUGAUGAGUCUGCAGAGGAAGACCAAGAUGGAAAUAUGUCAUCAUGUUAUGAAAACUAUAUUCCAAGAAAUGAUGGGAAACCACUUGCAGUUUUAGGAAACCCAAGGUCGCAGUGCAACUGCCACUCAAUGGACAUAUCCUUCAUUCUGUGUGACUCCGUAAUGAGGGACAAGGUCAACAUUCAUCCACAGGUAAAGCCAAAUGUUGAUCUAAGAAAAGAUGACAUAGUUCUUCCUCCGCAAAUCACAUCCCGUGGAUCAUUUAAAAAGAAGCAUGUGGCUUUUAAGGCAAUGCAAAAUACGUGGUCCCAAACAGAGAAAUGUGCUUUGGAAAUAGAAAAAUCUGAUGCAGCAGUGCAGUGCGAUAUAAUACAAGCCUGCAUCUGUGAAAAAGAGGCGUCCUCUGUCCAUAGUGCUGAAAUUGUCAGUUCCACUAGCAAAAUAGAAACCACUGGAGGGCAGAACAUUCCAGCAGAUAGAGCUGCAUUUCAGCCUUCGAGUACCAGCAGUGUAGUAUUAGUUAAAGGCUUUGCCUUCUGA